CUCUGGGCGCGGGCGGGCGCGGCGUAAUCGCUAUCACUCACUGAUAACGGCAGUCGCACCACCGCCGCCCGCCAGCCGCCCGCGCCAUGGAUCCCACGAAGUUCCCCGUACACUUCGACGGGAAAAAUUACGACAUCAAACGCUUCCUACGCGACCACCCCGGCGGGGUAAACACCCUAAAAAAAUACAAGGGCAAGUCCAUAGAGCAGGCCAUGAGCGCGUACGGACACAGCACCAGUGCUUACCACAUGUUGAAUGACUUCGAAGUGAAAGAUGUGAAUUUGACAGGCAAAGUGAGUGCGAACGGCAGGAUCAUCACUAAAGAGGAGUCCUCGAGGAAUGCUGAGGAGAUCGCGAUGUUGGAGGAGCUUGAGGCACGACUGGAUUGGUCCAAGCCAAUCGUGUCCCAGCUGGAUGCGAUAGCACCCCACUACGAGAUGUGGGUCAACAGUGCUGUUUACAGAAGAUGCAGGCUAUUCCAGAGCCCUAUCCUGGAGAGCAUGACGUUCACCCCCUGGUAUCUGGUGCCGGUGUUCUGGAUACCGAUCAUAAUGUACCUGCUAGCAAGGAAUUUUCUUGAGCAUGUUGCUUGUGGAGACUCCUGCACAGAACCCUUAAAUCCGAUCCAGUUCCUGGGCCACAUGGUGAUGGGAGUGGGCAUCUGGAGCGCCGUGGAGUACAGCCUGCACCGGUGGGUGUUCCACCUCGACCCUGGGUCCUCGAUCACGAUGAUCAAGCUCCACUUCCUCAUACAUGGCCUGCACCAUAAGAUGCCGUUCGACGGACUUCGUCAGGUGUUCCCGCCAAUCCCAGCGUUGAUUCUCGCCGGGAUCCUCUACAUUCCCUUCUGGAUGUGGAUCCCGUAUCCCGAGGUCAAGUUUGUUGGAGGGCUUAUGGGCUACCUGACCUACGACAUGAUCCAUUACUACGUGCACCACGGCUCGCCGCGAGACGGGUCCUACCUGUACGUGAUGAAGCGGUACCAUUCCAACCACCACUUCGUAAACCAUGACAAAGCAUUUGGGAUCACAAGCAAAGUAUGGGACCUCGUAUUCCAAACCUACGUGAAAGUCAAGAAACUGGGUUUUAGUUUACAAUGGUAGAUUUGUAAAUAGUAGAUUACUUAAAAAUAAGGGCCUUGACACUUAUCGGUAAAUAGGGUUCCGUAGUAGACUACUUACCCAAGGAACCUUAGCAUACGAUAAAGACAGUUGUUAUUUUAUCGAAAAAUUACAACUAAUAAACAUAGUAGUAAAAAGAAUGAUAAAAAAUUGGAAACGGGUAAUUUAUAUAGACUGUUUUAUCGUUAACUUAUCAUUAUCUACGGAGCCCUAAUUGCCUUAAGCCAUAUGUGAUACAAAUUGAUAAAAAAGACAAAAAAUAUUUUGUAUUUCAAAAACAAUUGUUAAGUUUAUUUAUCGUUUACAGUUAAAUAGGCAAAUCAAUCACAGUCACCUAUAGAGCCUGACGAAUUUCUGAAUGGAUUUUUAACUUUAAGCCUAGGCGCAGAUCGUUGAUUUUUGUCGGCCGAUAGUUUACGUCGGGUCGGGCAGUUGAUCAGUAUGGGCAUGUAUGGAAGUGCGCACAUUACGCCGAUUCGAUUUGGCCGAUUCUUAAUACAAUUUAAAAUCGGGCACUAGUCUAAGUAUAGGUACUUUGUUAUAGUGGAAAUCCUUGGGGGAGGCCUUUGUUCAGCAGUCGACGUCUUUCGGCUGAAACGAACGAACUUUGUUAUAGGUUUUAAAUUGAGUUAUUGUCUUAUAUUAUCUUUUUGGUAAAUUCAUUCAUGGGCUGUUGACCAAUUAAGUAUUGUUAUGGUGGGUGAUAUUAUUUGACCGUAUCAUCUAUUCUAACCAAAACCGUAUUUAGUAUUUUAUUUUGUAUUUGUGGCCUUAAUAUUGUGAUUGGUUAAGUUAAAAUGAGAUCAAUGAACGAGACUUCUAUACGAGUUAAAAAUUUGAAUUAAGUACUUGUAGUUAGUAACUUAAAGUUUCAUAAAGACAAAGUAUUUUUCACCAAACAACUAAUUAAUGUUGUUUGUAGAGUCAAAAAAAAUUAAUAAAUGUCUAUAAUGAUCUUUUUAUGAAGCUAUUAACCAUCAUGAAAGGACUUAAUUUUGGAGUUAUAACAUGUUUGUACUAAUUUUAAGUAUACUGUUGAAUUAUUAUUACGAAUAUUAUUUAGGUAAUUAACUUUAAGAUAAAUGUGAAAGAUUAGUUCUAGAUUAGGUAUUCAUAUCAAAUCAAAUAGUAUCUAUAAUAUGGGUAUGUAGGCUUUACCAAAGACCAAUGAAUUACCACGACUGUGAUCAAGCACAAAUGUAUCUUAAUAUUACAUUAAAUGAAGUAUUUAUUCUUAGUAAUUUUAAUAUUCAAUAGUCAUAAUUCUUUGGUUUUCAAAGGGGAAUGAUAAGCAGCAGAUCUUCUAGACCUUGAGUUAGGAGAGCAAAACAUUCAAUUAAAAGCCCGGAAGCGAUACUUAUUAGAAUCAAUUGGAUCAACUGACAUUCUAACACAUAAAUUACUUAUUUAGGUGCGAUGUACGGUGAUAACAAGACGUUGCUAUGUAACAAAUGACGAUUGUAGAGCUCAAGGCCUUCUGGGAAGCUCAAGGCUCAAGGAGGGCGAAUUCGCCGCGAAUCUUACGCGCGUAGAAUCAUACGCACGUUGGCGAGAUACUAGCAGCCAUUAGACACGUCACGUCACAGCGUCCAUAAGACACGGGCGAGUUGAAAAUUCGCGCGUAUAUCGCGCCAUACAUUUACGCUCGUGUUCGCGCGAAGACAUUCGCGACGAAUUCGCCCUCCUGGACAAGGCCUAAAGCGGGUUUUCUACCGCGAGCGAAGCGAGUCCAUUAUAAUUAUUAAAGACUCCGUUUAACUCGCAAUAAAAAAUGCAUAAAUCUGUUCCUACCAAUAGAGUCGAGAGCGAAAAUGACAAAGAGGGCAAAAAUAGUGGAAAUGCUCGCUUAUCAAAUCAACUCUUUCUUGGUGGAAAAGAUAUUUUAUGUACACGAAGAAUCUGCUAGACAUUCCUAGUUCAUUCCUCUUAGCGGUGGAAAACGGGCUUUAAAUGUGUAUUUCGUAAUGGAAAGCGAUUGUGACGUCGAAUCUAUGUAUAAAAGAACCUAUUCGAUGUCGAAAUCGCUACGUCUCUAACUUAACACUUUGACUACAGAAAUCUAAUAAUAACUACUGUAUUAUUAAGGGACUAUGUAACGCAGAUGCAGCGCUGUGCUUAUCUACCUCAUUCUGUUUGUUACCCUAAGAAGUAUGAAAUAUUGUAUUUUAUAACCACUAGCCAUCGAACACGUCUAGUCCGACAUAAGUUCUAGAUUAAAAAUAUUUUUGAUAUUGUAUUUGUUGUCACAAAAUGUACAUACUUAAGUUUGUCGCUUUGGAAUAAACUGUUUUUU